AUGGCCGGUUCGCGGGACAGUGUUACGUCCAAUGGCAGCUCUAGUUCUUCGACUGCUCGUUCGUGGGGUUUGGGAUCUAUUUUCAAGGGGCUUUCAGAAUACAAAAAGAGGCUUAACUUGCCUAACCCUGGUACUUUCGAGGGUCUGCAUCGGGAAGUUAAGACUACUUUCCUUACCAAUCAUCUGUUCGAUGGGGCACGGGCUGACUUGACAAAGGUAUUAUCACAAAAUUUCCAAGUAAUGCAUCAAUUCACACUUGGAUCAUCUGCUGGACAGCAGUCAUAUAACUUUGGAACUGCAUAUGUUGGGACAAAAACUGUCCUUCACGGUACUGUCGACACAGAUGGUAACUUGUCGGCACGUGCAAAUUAUAUGUGGACCCCUAAUUUUGUAACGAAGAUUCAGGCACAGCUAUCACCAACACCGGGACACUCAAUGCUCCAGCUGGAACAAGAUUACCAAGGCUCAGAUUACUCCAUCAAUUUCAAGACAGUCAAUCCAUCGCCAGUAGAUUCCACGGGCAUUUUCAUACUAAGCUAUCUGCAAUCAGUAACUCAGAAAUUGUCCCUGGGUACCGAGAUAGUGUAUCAAAAACUAACAUCUGAUUUAGAGGAGACGGUCAAGCAGUACGUUAUGAAGUAUACUGGCAAAGAUUAUAUUGCUACAUUAAAUUAUCAGGAAGCAGGAGCAUUACAAGCAUCUUAUUAUCAGAAAAUAAAUGAAAAAGUGGAUUUCGGUACCGAGCUGCAGAUGUUACUUGACGGCGGCAGAAGGGCUGUAUGCACUGUGGGAGGUAAAUUCGACUUUCGUGCCGCGACAAUUAGAGGACAAGUCGAUACAACAGGACGUGUGAGUGUGGUUAUAGAAGAGAAGAUUGCCCCUGGUUUUAGUUUUCUAAUUACUGGCGAUAUGGAACAUGCCAAGGGACAAUCACGAUUCGGAAUUGGUAUUCAAAUGGAACAAUAG